AUGAUUCAUUAUCCUAAGUUGGAAGUCGCCAACCUAGACUCUUUGAAUGAAUGGCUGAAUAGCAAAUUUGCUUCCCCGGGUGUUCUUGGAGGCAGGUAUACAUUCACAGAUAGUGCUUGCACUUGCCGACGGUCGCCACCCCCCGCCUCCCCCCUGAGAAAACUUACUGCGGGCGCCAUGUUAGGUACAGCGUUCAAACAUAUAUGA